CUAGUUUCACAGGUCCCAAAUUUAGGCGUAUCGAUACACAAGGCGCACUCCAACUCAAGUUCUCAACCCUAAUCGCUAAAAUCCCUCAUCUCAGUUGAGAUUAUUUCUGAAACAGAAACGCUCCAGCCGUCGGCCACGAACAAUCCGCCCAUCUCAACCGUCAACUCCCCCAUUGUUCGACGCCGUCUUCCUCCCAUAUACAUAUUGCUCAGCUCUCCUCUCUCUCUCGACAGUGACAACGGUUGAUGCGCAACCAUCUUCCCAAGACCUCUGCAAGUUCAUAAUGGCUGCCACGGACGAUGGUUUGAAGAAGCUCGAGUACCUUUCCUUGGUUUCCAAGGUCUGUUCAGAGCUCGAAACCCAUAUAGGGGUUGGGGACAAAGUUCUGGCGGAGUUCAUCACUGAGUUGGGACGAAACUGCGAGACGGUGGACGAGUUCGACACCAAAUUAAAGAAAAAUGGUGCCGAGAUGCCCGAUUACUUUGUCCGUACACUCCUCACUAUCAUUCACGCUAUUCUUCCACCGAAGCCAAAGCCGGAGAAGGACUUGAAGAAAGAGAGCGCUUCUGAUGGUAGGAAGACCAAGUUUAAGGCUUUGGCUGUCGCCGAUAAUAAAGAUAGAGUCAAGGACAUCGAGAAGGAAAUUGAGAUGGAGACCAAGGAAAAGCGAAACAGAAGAGAAGAACAAGACGAAGAGCGAGAAGAAGAUAGGCGUAGAGGUAGUGAUAGAUAUAGGGAAGGAGAUAGAGAUCGAGAUCGAGAUAGACACAGAGGAGGUAGAGAUAGAGAUGGGAGGGAAAGGCGAAGGGAAAGGUAUGAUAGAGAUGAGAGGCGUAGAGAUACACAUUAUAAUGAUGAUGGUGACGACAGGGGAAGGCAUACAGAUCGAUACAAUAAGCAUAAGAGAGAUGGGUAUGAAGACAAUGGAGAUGUCAAGGAAGAUGGUGAUGAUAGGAGAGGUAAUAGGGAUCGGCAGAAUGGCCAGAACAAUACGGAUGAGCCCGAAUUGUAUCAGGUUUAUAAGGGCAGGGUUUCAAGAGUGAUGGACACCGGUUGUUUUGUUCAGUUGAAUGAUUUAAGAGGGAAGGAGGGUCUGGUUCACGUUUCACAAAUGGCAACUCGGCGAAUUAGCAAUGCUAAGGAUGUGGUGAAGAGGGAUCAGGAAGUUUAUGUGAAGGUGAUUUCAAUUUCAGGUCAAAAGUUGAGCCUUUCAAUGAGGGACGUUGAUCAACAUACAGGGAAGGAUUUGCUCCCCUUGAAGAGUGACGGUCUUAGGACAAACCCAUUGUCGUCAAAGGAUAGGCCUGUGACUAGGAUUGGUAUUUCUGGGAUUAGGAUUGAGGAAGAGGAUGAUGUUUUUGUCCCAUCACGCCGCCGGCCAUUGAAGAGAAUGAGCUCGCCAGAGAAGUGGGAAGCCAAACAGUUGAUUGCCUCAGGUGUUUUGGGUGUUACAGAGUAUCCUAUGUAUGAUGAGGAAACCGAUGGGAUGCUUUAUCAAGAAGAGGGAGCUGAGGAAGAGCUUGAGAUUGAGCUCAAUGAGGAUGAGCCAGCCUUUUUAAAUGGACAGAGCAGGUAUUCUGUUGAUAUGUCACCUGUGAAAAUCUUUAAGAAUCCAGAAGGGUCACUAGGUCGUGCAGCUGCUCUUCAGUCUGCACUCAUUAAGGAGCGUAGAGAAGUGCGUGAGCAGCAACAAAGAACCAUGUUGGAUUCUAUCCCAAAGGAUCUCAAUCGUCCCUGGGAAGAUCCAAUGCCAGAGACUGGUGAGAGGCAUCUUGCACAAGAACUUAGAGGUGUUGGUUUGUCGGCAUAUGAUAUGCCUGAGUGGAAGAAGGAUGCUUUUGGGAAAACCAUCAGUUUUGGGCAGAGGUCUAAACUCUCAAUCCAGGAACAGAGGCAGAGCUUGCCUAUCUACAAGCUGAAGAAAGAAUUGAUUGCAGCGGUGCACGAGAACCAAGUGCUUGUUGUCAUUGGUGAGACUGGUUCGGGUAAGACAACACAGGUAACGCAGUAUCUUGCAGAAGCGGGUUACACGACAAUGGGUAAGAUUGGUUGUACACAGCCACGUAGGGUGGCUGCCAUGUCUGUGGCCAAGAGGGUUGCUGAAGAGUUUGGUUGUCGCUUAGGAGAGGAAGUUGGCUAUGCAAUUCGUUUUGAGGAUUGCACUGGUCCAGAUACUGUCAUCAAGUACAUGACUGAUGGUAUGCUUCUUAGGGAGAUUUUGAUUGACGAGAACCUUUCUCAGUAUUCUGUGGUCAUGCUUGAUGAAGCUCAUGAGAGGACAAUCCACAUAGAUGUUCUUUUUGGACUGCUGAAGAAGCUUGUGAAGCUGAGACCAGACCUUCGUUUGAUUUUCACAUCUGCUACUUUAGAUGCGGAGAAGUUCUCUGGUUAUUUUUUCAACUGUAACAUCUUCACUAUCCCUGGGAGAACUUUUCCUGUAGAGAUACUCUACACUAAACAGCCGGAAAGUGACUACCUUGAUGCAUCUCUAAUAACUGUUCUACAAAUACACUUGACAGAACCUGAAGGUGACAUCCUUCUUUUCUUGACUGGACAAGAAGAGAUUGAUUUUGCAUGCCAGUCUCUUUAUGAGAGGAUGAAAGGUCUUGGUAAAAAUGUCCCUGAGUUGAUUAUCCUACCAGUGUAUAGUGCCCUUCCUAGUGAAAUGCAGUCAAGGAUAUUUGAUCCUGCCCCACCAGGUAAGAGGAAAGUAGUUGUGGCUACUAAUAUUGCUGAGGCAUCACUGACCAUUGAUGGGAUAUUUUAUGUCAUUGAUCCUGGUUUUGCAAAGCAAAAUGUUUAUAACCCUAAGCAGGGGCUAGAUUCACUGGUCAUAACUCCAAUUUCCCAAGCAUCAGCCAAGCAACGAGCUGGGCGUGCUGGGCGUACAGGCCCUGGGAAAUGUUACCGCCUUUACACUGAGAGUGCAUACCGCAAUGAGAUGUCCCCUACUUCAAUUCCAGAAAUCCAGAGGAUAAAUCUUGGGACUACUACACUUACAAUGAAAGCUAUGGGGAUAAAUGAUCUCUUAUCUUUUGAUUAUAUGGAUCCUCCUUCACCCCAAGCACUCAUUUCUGCCAUGGAACAAUUGUACAGUUUAGGAGCACUGGAUGAGGAGGGGCUGCUCCCCAAAUUGGGUAGGAAAAUGGCUGAGUUUCCUCUGGAUCCACCCUUGUCUAAGAUGCUACUGGCCAGUGUGGACCUUGGAUGCAGUGAUGAGAUCUUGACCAUCAUUGCAAUGAUUCAGACCGGUAAUAUUUUUUACAGGCCUAGGGAAAAACAAGCCCAGGCAGAUCAGAAGAGAGCCAAGUUUUUCCAGCCAGAGGGAGAUCAUCUGACUUUACUUGCAGUCUAUGAGGCAUGGAAAGCUAAGAAUUUUUCAGGGCCAUGGUGUUUUGAGAACUUUGUUCAAUCUCGAUCCUUGAGGAGGGCACAGGAUGUCAGAAAGCAGCUUCUCAGCAUCAUGGACAAGUAUAAACUAGAUGUUGUCAGUGCUGGAAAGAAUUUUACAAAGAUCAGGAAGGCAAUUACGGCAGGGUUUUUCUUCCACGGUGCUAGAAAGGACCCGCAGGAGGGUUAUAGAACCCUAGUGGAGAAUCAACCAGUUUAUAUACACCCAAGCAGCGCCCUCUUCCAGAGACAACCAGAUUGGGUGAUCUACCAUGAGCUGGUUAUGACCACAAAGGAGUACAUGCGCGAGGUGACGGUCGUCGACCCCAAAUGGCUCGUGGAACUGGCACCCAGGUUCUUCAAAGUGGCAGAUCCCACCAAGAUGAGCAAGCGCAAGCGUCAAGAACGUAUUGAACCGCUAUACGACAGAUACCAUGAACCUAACUCUUGGCGUCUUAGUAAGAGACGUGCUUGAUAUGUGUAUCAUCUGCUGCUUUUAGUUUUUCUGUAUGGAUUCAAUGUGAAUAUCUUGUAAUUACUUGAGCUAAUUUUUGACAUUGAGUGCACAAAAUUUGUGUGGCUU